GGAAAUUGGAAAAUCCACAAUGAAGGGUCAGCAAACACCAACUCGUUUUCCAAAAAUAAAUUAAUUUGAAACUCAAUUCUCCCAUUUAUCAUUGAGUAAUUUCUAAGAAUAAAAACACAAUCCUUCCAUUUGCAAAGGAAUGUUGGGUAUGAUUAAUCCUAAACCCCCUUGCGAAAAUAAGAAAAUAAAGCAGACUAGUAUAUAUGUUAACGAAUAGGCCAAUUUGAAUAGAAAGCGCAUUGUUUGAAUAGAUGUCCAAAAGAAGAAGGCACUAGUUUUGACUUAGAUUUGGCAGUCUUCAAAAUACGUCCUUGUCAAAGAGAAUGCGAACAUAAUCAUAAACAAUGCCCAUACUUCCAUUCAGAAGGUGACUUACGAAGACCAGGGACAUAUUAUAAAGCAGAAAUGUGUCCCUAUAAAGUAGAAUAAAAAGAGUGUCCUCAUGGUUAUAGUUGUUGUAAAGCACAUAAUCAAUACGAAUUGUUGUAUUAAGAAGACAAUUAUCGAAAACUAUUUUGUCCCCAACCUUAAAAUUGUUGUUUUGGCAUGUAUUGUCCUUAUGCUCAUUUUGAAAAGGAUAUCAAAUGUGAAUUGAUCCAUCUCUAUUAGCAUGAUCAAGACUAUUACAUGUUUCAUUACAAAACCAUAGCAUGUCCAUACGCACUUUUUAAUCAUAAUUUAGUAAUCUAUAAUUUAAUUAGGUCAACUUGUGAUUAUUAUCAUAAUGAGAGUGAUAAACGUA